AUGGUGGCAAUUUCUCUUGUGUCCUCCUCCUCCUGCUUUACUGGCUCUGCAUUUCAACCCCCUUCACUUUUUUCUCCUCAAAAUCUCAAUCAGAGGUCUCUUUUUUCACUCAAUGUGAAUCUGCAGAGACUUGGCACUGGAAUUCAAAACAAGAACUGCAACUUCUGUCCGAGAGCUGCCCAGAAAGGGAAUUUGGAGGCUGUUGGUGUUCCAACUUCAGUGCCAGUUCGUGUGGCGCAUGAGCUUCUUCAAGCUGGACACAAAUAUUUGGAUGUCAGGACCCCUGAUGAGUUCAGUAGAGGGCAUGCCCCUGGGGCUGUUAACGUCCCUUACUUGUACAAACUUGGAUCAGGGAUGUCAAAGAACCCCGAAUUUCUAAAAGAAGUGGCAUCACAUUUCAGAAAACAUGAUGAGAUUAUCGUUGGAUGCCAGCUUGGGAAAAGGUCCAUGAUGGCUGCAACUGAUCUCCUAGCUGCUGGAUUCAGUGGCAUUACAGACAUAGCUGGUGGAUAUGCUGCUUGGACACAGACUGGACUUCCAACAGAGAAAUGA